AUUUGGUCUCGUCCAUACUCGCUUAGGAUUUUAGUUGUGUGUUUAUGGCAUCGUAUUCAUUCAACGGAAGGUGGAAGUCUGCCGGUCUGCGCUAGCGUCUGAUAUCAAUGGCUUUCAGGGCACAUUUUAUUUGAAUGUCUGGACUUUAUAUAAUUUCACCCCUAAGAAACCAAUGAUGGAUAUCCUAUGGAUUUUAUGGACACUACCCUCGGUCCUGGCUGUUGAAGAAAUGUUGAUGGAUUCCACCACAGCGACCGCAGAGCUUGGCUGGACGGUAUAUCCAGUGUCGGGAACAAGUGACAACAGUUGGGAAGAAGUGAGUGGAUACGAUGAGAAUAUGAACACCAUUCGUACCUAUCAGGUGUGUAAUGUCUUCGUCGCCAACCAAAAUAACUGGGUGCGCACUAACUACAUCCGACGAAGAGGUGCUCAACGCAUUCAUGUGGAGAUGAAGUUCUCAGUACGAGACUGCAGCAGCAUCCCAAAUGUCCCUGGUUCCUGCAAGGAAACUUUCAACCUCUACUACUAUGAAUCAGACGGCGACACGGCCACCAAAGUCUUCCCCCCAUGGAUGGAAAACCCUUGGAUCAAGGUGGAUACCAUUGCGGCCGACGAGAGCUUCUCGCAAGUAGACCUGGGCGGACACGUGAUGAAGAUUAACACAGAGGUUCGCAGUUUCGGCCCUGUCUCCCGUAACGGUUUCUACCUAGCCUUCCAGGACUACGGCGGGUGCAUGUCGCUGAUCACUGUGCGAGUGUUCUACCGGAAGUGCCCUCGCACCAUCCGUAACGGAGCAAUAUUUCAGGAGACGCUUUCGGGAGCAGAGAGCACCUCACUGGUGGCAGCAAGGGGAGUGUGUGUCCCUAAUGCGGAGGAGGUCGACGUUCCCAUUAAACUGUACUGUAAUGGAGAUGGAGAGUGGAUGGUCCCUAUUGGCCGCUGUAUGUGUAAAGCAGGGCACGAGGCUGUGGAGAAUGGAACUGUUUGCAGAGCAUGCCCUUCAGGUUUCUUCAAGACUGCACAAGGUGACGAGAAAUGCCUGCAGUGUCCAAUCAACAGCCGCACAACCAACGACGGAGCCACCAACUGUGUCUGCCGAAAUGGAUAUUACCGGACAGACUCGGACCCCUUAGAGAUGCCCUGUACAACUGUGCCAUCGGCUCCUCAAAAUGUCAUCUCCAGUGUGAAUGAGACGUCACUGAUGCUGGAGUGGAAUCCUCCACGGGAGACUGGUGGUCGUGAUGACGUGGUCUACAACAUCAUCUGCAAAAGUUGCGGAGGUGGCAGAGGGGGCUGCACACGUUGUGGGGACAAUGUGCAGUUCGUUCCACGACAGCUGGGACUCACAGAGAGCCGGGUCUUUAUUAGUGACCUGCUGGCCCACACCCAGUACACUUUCGAAGUCCAGGCUGUCAACGGAGUGUCAGACCAGAGCCCUUAUUCGCCCCAAUAUGCAUCAGUCAACAUCACUACUAACCAGGCUGCUCCUUCUACGGUGUCUAUUAUGCAUCAGGUCAGUCGCACCAUUGACAGCAUCACUCUCUCUUGGUCCCAGCCAGACCAGCCCAACGGGGUCAUACUCGACUAUGAGCUGCAGUAUUAUGAGAAGGAUCAGACGGAGCAUAAUUCUUCCAUAGUAAAGAGUCAAACCAACACUGCAGUCAUCCGUGGCCUCAAACCCGGAGGCAUCUACGUCUUCCAGGUCCGAGCCCGUACGGUGGCGGGGUUCGGACGGUAUAGCGGCAAGAUGUACUUCCAGACCAUGACUGAGGAGGAGUACAACACUAGCAUUCAAGAGAAGCUGCCUCUCAUCAUUGGCUCGGCGGCUGCUGGUCUGGUCUUUCUCAUUGCGGUGGUGGUCAUCAUCAUCGUUUGCAACCGACGUGGGUUCGAGAGAGCAGAUUCAGAAUACACGGACAAGCUGCAGCACUACACAAGUGGCCACAUGUCACCAGGAAUGAAGAUCUACAUUGAUCCAUUUACCUACGAAGACCCCAAUGAAGCUGUGAGGGAGUUUGCAAAAGAGAUUGAUAUCUCGUGUGUGAAAAUUGAGCAAGUCAUUGGAGCAGGAGAGUUUGGAGAGGUUUGCAGUGGAAACCUAAAGCUCCCAGGAAAGAGGGAGAUGUUUGUGGCCAUCAAAACACUGAAGUCAGGUUACACAGAGAAGCAGAGGCGAGACUUCCUGAGCGAAGCGAGCAUCAUGGGGCAGUUUGAUCACCCCAAUGUCAUCCAUUUGGAGGGAGUGGUGACCAAGAGCAGCCCCGUCAUGAUCAUCACAGAGUUUAUGGAGAAUGGCUCAUUGGACUCCUUUCUCAGGCAAAAUGACGGGCAGUUCACUGUGAUUCAGCUGGUGGGCAUGUUACGAGGGAUUGCUUCUGGGAUGAAGUACCUCGCAGACAUGAAUUACGUGCACAGGGACCUGGCCGCCCGCAACAUCUUAGUUAACAGUAACCUUGUUUGCAAGGUGUCUGAUUUCGGACUCUCCCGCUUUUUGGAGGAUGACACAUCUGACCCCACCUAUACCAGUGCCCUGGGUGGGAAGAUCCCUAUUCGAUGGACUGCCCCAGAGGCCAUCCAAUAUAGGAAGUUCACCUCUGCCAGUGAUGUAUGGAGCUAUGGGAUUGUCAUGUGGGAAGUGAUGUCGUAUGGAGAGCGGCCAUACUGGGACAUGACCAAUCAGGACGUCAUCAAUGCCAUUGAGCAAGACUACCGGCUACCCCCUCCCAUGGACUGCCCGAGUGCCCUCCACCAGCUCAUGCUGGACUGCUGGCAGAAAGACCGCAACAACCGACCCAAGUUUAGCCAGAUUGUCAACAACCUGGACAAGAUGAUCCGUAACCCCAACAGCCUGAAGGCCAUGACUCCGCUGUCAUCAGGUGUGCAUUUGCCCUUGCUUGACCGCAGUGUACCCGACUUCUCUAGCUUUAGCACUGUGGAUGAUUGGCUGGACGCUAUUAAGAUGGGCCAGUACAAAGACAACUUUGCCAAUGGCAACUUCACCAGCUUCGACCUCGUUUCUCAGAUGACCAUGGAGGACAUUCUCAGGGUCGGAGUGACACUAGCAGGUCAUCAGAAGAAGAUCCUCAACAGCGUUCAGAUGAUGAGGGCCCAGAUGAACCAGAUCCAAUCGGUAGAGGUUUGACCACGUGCCCUGAUUAGACUGGGAGGAGGACAAGAGGAGGCGGCGGAGAGCCAACCUGACGGGAUGGGGUGGCAACCACAGACCCUAAGCCUGAUUUUCCUUCUGGACCACCUAGGAUAUCCACCUGCCCCCUCCUCCGAAACACUCUCGUUCUCCAUCUGUGACAUCUGAAUCUCCCAUUAACCCCCAGACACCCUGUUGGGCUCGACUCGUGAAAGCUGCGUCUGGAAAAUAUGGUCACAACACCUGAUCGUUUAGCUUUAGCCGCCACCAAUCACAGGAUGACCGUUCAGUCUGCCAGCAAUUGGCUCCGCCCCCUAUUCCCCUUAAAUUUUCCUCUUACUUUUUCCAGUUUUAUUCUUUUAUUAAUUUUUUGUUUUGUUUUGUUUUGUUUUUAUUGUGUUCUUUUUUUAAAAGAGGUUUUUGUAAAGAAUUUUUAAAACUAUUAAAACAAGGAAUCUAUAUAAAAUAUAUAGAUUUGUGUAAACUUGCUGACUGAAUAUGGUGGACUAAAUUGAAAGGCUACCCUUUAAAAGGGCAAUGAAGAAACAGGAGAUAAAAAUACAUGCUUUUGAGAUUUUCUUUCUAAUAUUUUUGGAAAAUCUUGAAUAGAAAGAAUGACUGUCUGCUCAGUGGACACACACGGGACAACCUGCGGGACCUUACUCCAUCCCUCUCCCCUCGCUGACAGCAGAGGGAAAAGUAUGUGAACACCAUGAAAUGGGACUUCAUUUUGGCAGCUGAUACUGCCUUGAAGAAAAUAUGAGACUUCAGUCAUUUUGCAGUUUAAAUUACAUCAACACAAACAAACAGACACAUGGAGAAAAAAAGUAAUAGUUAUCACAGUGUUGAAUUUGUGGUGCAGAUUUCUCAUUGCUUGGGGGAAGAAAAAAGAAAUCUUUUACAGAUGUCAACAGCCUGCCAAAUAGAGCAUCAUCCCUUUGUACCUCGUCCUGUACAUAUCAGAUGCACUUGACGUUGUGAGGUCAUCAGUACGAGCCUGAUGUAGUCCAACAUUUAGUUCCAGUUUCAGUAUUAGAUGGAUCUACAUUGACAUUUGAUGGAUUUUUUUUUUUUUUUUUCGUGUGAGUGUGCGUAUAUGGCUCGAGAGGGUCAUCUUUUAUAUUCUUCCUUCUUUUUGUCAUGGGCUAAGAUGAAUUAGUUUGAAAGACGGCAUGAGAUAUUCUCCCCCGCAGUUGCAUAAAGAAAAUUUUUAGCGCAUUCUUUCCGUGAACUGCUUACAGAGAAGGACCCCGAGUGCACGUAUGGUGUGGUCUUCACAUCAUCUAUGCUCUUCUUUUAUGUUUGGAUCCCUACCGUGUGCGUGUGCGUGUGCAUGUGUGCGUAUGGAGCCCAUGGAGCUGCAGAGCAAGUGUGGUACGAAGCUAUGAUUUCACAGGAAGCUUGGAUUUGAUACACUUUGCAGACCACUGUGUUGAUAUGCUUAUAUUUUUGCCACCAAAAUCAUUUCUUUAAAAAAAAAAAGAAAAGAUGUUUUAUAAUAAGGUGUUUAGGGGUUUUAAUAUCUGAUAAAGUAUGCAGUUAGAGGACAUUUUCAUAACAGGGAAGUGAUUGUUCAUUGUGAAGCAUAGUUUUAUAUGAGGAUAUUGUUAUUGUACGACAUAUUUGAACUGGUUACAUUCACCUAUUGGGGCCAAGCUUAAAUUUGACAUCUAAAAGGCUUAUGAUAUUAAGCCGGAGUUUCAUAGGACAUUUAAUCAACAAAUCACAAACAAUAACAGCUGUAAAUUAGUGUGUAUAUGUUUUAUUUUAUUUUUUACAGAGAAUACACCUGUAAUUCCUACCGUUCUCCAUGGUAAGGUACUUCCACAGUACUCUCUGAGAUCUUUCACCUCCAUGCCAUAGACAUAAGAACAAUAAAACUCUGUAUAUAAUAUUCUGAAGCAGAAACUCCCCUCUCAAAGAGGUUUUUCCUCAAAGCUGUGUUGGAUUUUAGUGUACAGAUUCAUUUUUUUAUGUGUUGUUGAAACUGAAUGGAGAGUCGCUAUUGUCAAUGUUUAUUUUGGGCCUUUUCGUUUUGUACUAGGAUGGGCUGAGAGAUGAGAAGCAGCUGUAGAGAUGAACGGGCCAGAGGCAUCUUCAUCCGUGCUGGAGUGUCUGUGUGCGCGAGUGUGUUUAUGUGUUUGCACGUGCAGGUACGUCCAUGUACCAGCAUUAAGGUCACUGUGGUAAACAAUAUACUUCUCGCUCAGUUGACGAGGGGCUCGCUUUAUUCCAUAACCUCAGGGUUGACAUGCAUCUGUUAAAAACAUGCAGUACUGUGAGGUCAGUUCGGUGUAGGUAAGGUCUAUAUAGGCUGAGUCUCAGAGUGCUGAUGAAGUUCCAAUCAGAUGGUGUUGACCAUUCUCUGUUCUUCCCAUUACAUAAUGCUUCCAUUAGAAUGAAGAUUCUGUCAUGCAGUGAGUGUUUGGGCAGGAAACACUAUGUCCAGCAGACAGGCCAUCCCAGGUGUGAACUCUUGAGAUACGUAGUGAUAAAAUCAAAAGGCUUGAGAGACAACUACGUCUAUCUUCCUCCAGAAAGAGGUAGGAUUUUAAUUUCCUGUGAGCUUGACAAACUAAGUGGCCCUUUUUAGCUCUCAGUUUAUGGUAACUUUUUCAUCACCAGCAGGAGGAUACAGGGAGAAGGGAAAUUAAUAUCUGGGCUUAACACCUUGUCCUAACUAGCAAUGUGUAAUUUGUCCAUCCACACUGAAAGUGAAAAUCACAGCCAGUGUUUCAUUUGUAGUUACACUACUGUUAAAAAGUUUGGGGUCGGUAAGAUUUUUUAAAAUGUUUUUGAAAGAAGUCUCUUAUGCUCCAAGGAUGCAUUUAUUAGGUCACAGUAAAAACAGCAAUAUUUUGAAAUAUCAUUACAUUUUAAAAUAGCUUUUCUAUUUUGAUAUAUUUUAGAAUAAUGUAAUUUAUUCCUGAUGCAAAGCUGAAUUUUCAGCAUCCAUUACUCAUCUUCAGUGUCACAUGAUCCCUUAGAAGUCAUUGACAACAGUUGCGCUGAUUAAUAUUUUUGUUAGGAUUAUUUGAUGAAUAGAAGUUUGAAAGAACAACAUUUAUUUAAAGUAGAAAUCUUUUAUAACAAUGUAGAAGUCUGUAUUUUUUAUCAAUUUAAUGUGUCGAUGCUAAUAAUUUCUUUCAAAAAAAUUUUACUGACCCAAAACUUUUGAACGGUAGCGUAUAUUUGGACAUGGAUUUGGGACCAAUGAGAUUUCACACUGCUAUAAAGCUAUAAAGCCCCACUGUAGAAAUAAAUAUCAAGCAUUUGGCAAAAUGUCCCAUCACUUGCAUGUCUUAUAAACUGUUGAUUUAAAAAAUGUAAUUCAUUUAAAACACACCCAAAAUCUGAAACUAAGUAAAAUAAAAUAACAGAUAAUGAAAAUAAAUAGUCAUUUUCAUCAUUUCUUUUGUGUGUCUGACAAAAUGUCUUGUUUGGCAAAAAAACAAAACAAAACAAAAAAAAAAAACCCCUAUUGAUUUAAAAAAAAAAAAAAAAAAAAUGCUUAUGUAAUACUUUUUUAAUACAUUUAAAAUGUGUAAACACCUGUUUUCAUGGUAUAUAUGCCAUAUGCAGCACCUUGGUUGCUUUCAGCAGCUGGUUAGGACAGGGAGUGAGGGAGGUGAGAGAAUAUUCUCACAUCAUAAAACUUUACAAGUGAUGGUGCCAGCAGCCAUCUUUACCUGUCUGUCCAGCACACAUCCUCUCAAUAUUUAAUGGUUUCUCAGUGUCACUGCUGCAGUGUGAGACUAAGGUUCUGAAUCCCUCGUCUUCCUCAGAAUAACACUGCUUUCUGCUUCACCUUCUAGGACAAUCACUGUCACUCAUAGCUGCAGCAGACACACAAUGAUCCACACACAUUGUUGCGGUAUAUCUUAAAAAAAAAAAAAAAAAAAAUUGGACCUACAGAAAUUCAAAAGUUUAGACGUUCAUGGCAGUAGCUUAGCAAUAUUUAGAGGUGCUGCCCACAAGUUACGGCGUGUUUUAAAUCUGCCUAACAGCCCAGGAUUAACAGAGCUUUGAAUGAAAUCCAGUGCUGAAGGGAUAUCCUGUAUUCCUGAUCCUCAUCUCCUUUUCCUUCCAAUAAAAUGUCGUUUCAUAAGUAUAGUUUCAUGGGUCUGCGCUAUUUGCAAAAAGACGUUUUUCUUGCAGUUUGGCGCUGAUGAUCACAUGAGUUUCUGGCACUUUGCAUCGAGAGGUCUGAAGGAACAUUAGCAGCCAAUGAGCCUUUCUGUUUUAAGAUAUUGAUAUGUUGAAAGAUUAUGACAUGCUUGACGUUUGCUACGCAUUUUCUUCAGCAAACCUGUAUUUACAUAGAAAUAUUUCAUCACAACGAUCUUAUGUAAUUCUGUUUUUCCACUGCAUCUUUAACCGCUCAAGUUUGUUUCUCGGCAGGGGACUAAUUACUUCAUACGUCUCCUUCUCUCAUUUGUCGUUUAACAGAACACUACGUAGACCACAGACAAAUGAGACGUGGCGUCAAGAGUGUGAAAGAAUGUCACGCUGAGUGAUUUAAGCACUUCUUAUUGUUUUUUUUCACAUGGAUUAUCACCUUAAACACAUAGUUUCUACCACAACACAGCUCUAGGCCUCUAAAAGUGCUGGGAAAGAUGGUACAUAGACAUUUUUUAAAACUCUGAACCCUUUUUGUUCAGAUGGCUUGUGAAAAUAACCAAUAAGCUGCCAUUAUGUGGACAUGCGAACUGCAUAUGUUCCUUCUGGCAAGCUAAAACGUGAUCAGCACAGAACCGUGCACCAUUUAAAGCUUUUUGUUGAAAGCUGGGUGACAGCAAGCUGUGAACAGCAUAUGCUCGCAGCUACCGCCGAAGCAUAAUACCAAUUCAAAACCAUUAUUAUGAUGAUUAUGUGCGACUGUGAACGUAAAUACAAGCUGGCUCUGGCUCGCUCUUAUUGGUCCAUAUUUCUGCCUGCAUCCUCCAAAUAUGGUGGGAAGUUUUCGAAUAGAAAAUGGCUUCCUGAACAGAGCUGUAGUGCCUGUAGGGCUGCAGCGCCCUCUGGUGUUAGGAAGGCAGUAGUGCAUUCUUCCGCAUGUCUCUCAGCCCUGGUUUUCAUUACAGGGCAGCAGACUCUCUCUCUCUCUCUUUCUCUCUCUUUCUCUCUCGGCUAGCCCAAAUAGAGCACUGCCCACCUGGACCACUGUGACGGAGGUUGGAGGUCCUGUUUCGCUGUAUAAAAUGUACAUUUGACUGUAACCCUGUGAAUGAUGUAACAAUUUCAUUAUUUGUAAUAUUGUUAUUUGGUUUAUUUUCUAAAAAUUGAAAAAAAGCCCAACUUGACUCUCCUCAUUAAAAAAUGAAAUGAGAUCUGUUAUACAAUGUUCUGUGUUUUGUGUGUGUUCGCCUCAGUUUUUGUUUUCCUGAUAGCACAUUAUGCUAGCAAUGCCAGUCAUGGGUUGAAUUCCCAGGAAAUGCAUAAUAAUAAAAAUGUAUAGCUCGGAUACAGUGUAAUUUGCUUUAGAUAAAAGUGUCAAAAAAUAUAAAAGAAAUAUUCCAGGUUCAGUAUGUUUGCUCAGUCAACGUGUUUCUGAAAAAAUAAAUAAAUAAAAAACAAUCAUUUUAAAAAUGAAUUAAAAAAAAAAACUUUAAUUAAAAAAUAAUUUGUAAAAUGACGCAAUUAGUGUAAAAAAAAAAAACUGAAAUUAAACUAACUAAACCAAAAUGAAUGAUAAUUUACAUUAUCAACAAUCUAUCUUCAUAUGGACCAAUGGUAUUUCUGUUAUGUGAUUGACAAAAGAUAAAUUAACAGCAUGUUGAUUAUCAUAAAAAACACAAUUUCCUCUUGUCCCUCCUUAAAUAUUGAUUUAAAAAUGAUUGUAAAAUUAAAUGGUAUAUAUAAAAAAAAA